CAUUUGUUAUUAGGGUAUCGAAUGUCUCGAAUCACAGAUCUCUAAACUUGACUUGACGAGCUUGCGUUGAUCCGCCGGAGCUCCAAAACAAAAUUUAUCCUUACAAUUUCUCAAAAAAAAAAAAAAAAACCUGAACACCCUGUCCUCCCUGCAUCUGCGCAAGUUUCCACCUUGGCUCCGUGUCCAAAAUUCACUUGUCUAUGCUCGAGUAGUUUACGGCAUUGUCCGCCAUUACUUCCUUAUUACACCUUAUCCGAGACAUCUACAUGUACUAGUACAUUCCAAUUCCAAUCUUCCUGCAGUACAGAGCUUAGUUAUUCGAGCAGGAUUUCUUUAGCACACUCUGCAAAACCCUGUAGAUGCUGAGUCUCUGAUGCCAUGCUUCACACUGCACCUAGCAUAGUAUACAUGCAUGGAAUCACCUUGCUCACAAGUCACACCUCCGCGAAUCAUGACUAGUUAGAGUGUGGCACUCGCUACUGCAUGCUCCAAAAUGGCAAGCCUUGUGCUCUUGCUCAUCUUACUCGUGCCUACCAUAUCGUUGCCAGUUGCUCGUUGCAAUGACAACGUCGGAUUCCAGCUGAAACUGACCCACGUCGACGCGGGCACGUCCUACACCAAGCCGCAGCUCCUCAGCCGCGCCAUUGCGCGGAGCAAGGCCCGCGUGGCCGCGCUGCAGUCCGCCGCCGUGUCGCCGGCGCCCGUGGCGGACCCGAUCACGGCGGCGCGCGUCCUCGUGACGGCCAGCAGCGGCGAGUACCUGGUGGACCUGGCCAUCGGCACGCCGCCGCUGUACUACACGGCCAUCAUGGACACCGGGAGCGACCUCAUCUGGACGCAGUGCGCGCCCUGCCUGCUCUGCGCCGCCCAGCCCACGCCCUACUUCGACGUGAAGAGGUCCGCCACGUACCGCGCCCUCCCGUGCCGGUCGUCGCGGUGCGCCGCGCUCUCCAGCCCUUCCUGCUUCAAGAAGAUGUGCGUGUACCAGUAUUACUACGGCGACACCGCGUCCACCGCCGGCGUCCUCGCCAACGAGACGUUCACGUUCGGCGCGGCCAGCUCGACCAAGGUCAGGGCAGCGAACAUCUCGUUCGGGUGUGGCAGUCUCAACGCCGGCGAACUCGCCAACAGCUCCGGCAUGGUCGGCUUCGGCCGUGGCCCGCUGUCGCUGGUGAGCCAGCUCGGGCCGUCCAGGUUCUCCUACUGCCUGACGUCGUACCUCUCGCCGACGCCGAGCAGGCUCUACUUCGGCGUGUUCGCGAACCUCAACAGCACCAACACCAGCUCCGGGUCGCCGGUGCAGUCCACGCCGUUCGUCAUCAACCCGGCGCUGCCCAACAUGUACUUCCUGUCGGUCAAGGGCAUCAGCCUGGGGACCAAGCGCCUGCCCAUCGACCCACUGGUGUUCGCCAUCAACGACGACGGCACGGGCGGCGUCAUCAUCGACUCAGGCACGUCCAUCACGUGGCUGCAGCAGGACGCCUACGAGGCCGUGCGGCGCGGGCUGGCGUCGACCAUCCCGCUGCCGGCGAUGAACGACACGGACAUAGGCCUGGACACGUGUUUCCAGUGGCCGCCGCCGCCGAACGUGACCGUGACGGUGCCCGACUUCGUGUUCCACUUCGACGGCGCCAACAUGACGCUGCCGCCGGAGAACUACAUGCUAAUCGCGAGCACCACGGGGUACCUGUGCCUGGCGAUGGCGCCGACCAGUGUCGGCACCAUCAUCGGGAAUUACCAGCAGCAGAACCUGCACCUGCUCUACGACAUCGCCAAUAGCUUCCUGUCGUUCGUUCCAGCUCCGUGCGACAUUAUAUAGCUUUCCUUGUCAGGUCUUGCUUCUUUAGCCUUCAAUAAGUUCGCUGCUAGUUUGUUGUUGUAGCUGCAUUAGCUUCACACGUAGAGUAGCCAUUGCAAUGCACUGAGAUUGCAGUGUUAUGUUAUCCCCAAUUCUGUAGCAGAACAUUUAGUGUGCCACACGAUAAUCAUCAUGUUGG